AUGCGAUCAUCCGCCUUGGACAAUUCCCUGAUGCCGUUUGAAACUUACCAAAACCCGAGCCCGGUGUUGAGCUUGGAUAACAGCCCGCGGUCCGAAGAGUCCGAGCAGCAGGACACCAUGAUGGAGCAACACGAUCCGGGGCAGGGGCCAUCCAGCGGCGACCUGCAGUACAAGUGCUCGAUCUGCGACUUUACCACGACCAACAGGGUGGAGAUCUUCCAACACUUGACCGAGCACAUAGUGUCCAAGAGCAGCAACAACAACCAGGAGGUCGUCAACAUGGCGAUGACGCAGCUGCGGCACCUCCAAGCGGUGGAAGGCAACUCCUUGUCGUCGAGGGACGACCAAGAGCUCAACAACAGCAACAACGACAACGGCAACAACAACAACAACUGCACCAAGGAGCCGGGGAUGCGGAUGCCGCGUGUGACCUCGCAGGGCAAGAUAAAGACUUUCCCGUGCAAGAAUUGCGACUUCAAGGCGGUGACGAAGCUCGAAUACUGGGGCCACAUACGCGUCCAUAUCAAGCCGGGCAAGCUGAUGAGCUGCUACAAGUGCCCCUUCGUCACGGAGUACAAGCACCACCUGGAGUACCACCUGCUGAAUCACACCGGCGCCAAGCCGUACAAGUGUCCCAAGUGCCCGUACACUUGUGUGAACAUGUCGAUGUUGAACAGCCACAUGAAGUCGCACUCGAACGUCUACCAGUAUCGGUGCAACGACUGCAAGUACGCCACCAAGUACUGCCACACGUUGAAGCAGCAUCUGCGCAAGCACCGUCACCAGCCGGCGGCGGUGUUGAACGCGGACGGCACUCAGAGCCCGGUGGUGAUCGACGUCUACGGGACGAGACGCGGGCCCAAGCAGAGGCCGAAGAACAGCAACGCCCCUGCCGACGACAGUCGAGGACCGCCGGCGGAAGAGUCGGGCACCACCACCGCCGCCACGCAGACGCUGCUCAACAACGGAAGUAACGGCAGCGGCAGCAACAACGGCAGCAGCAAUACCCAGCAGUCUACGUCGACGUCGCCACAGACGUCCUCGUCUACGCCCGCGCCGUUUACCCUUGGCAUGUUGGCGAACAUAUUCCACGGCAGGAAGAACGGCAACCUGCCGGCCCAGGACAGCCAGGUGACGGUCCAGAAUAUGACUCAUUACCCCCUCCAAUACCAUCAACAACUGUUCGCCACGCUGAACAUGGCGACGCAGCAGCUGAUGCCGAAUGGCGGCCUCGUCUUCGGCGAGCCGACGACGCCGUCGCCGGCGGCGUCGAGCGACGAGGAGGAACGGCGAACCAUCAUGACGACCCCGGGGAAGAGCAUCGCCGAUAAGGCCGCCGAGUUCCUCCAAGGCUGCCUAACCAACAACCUGCCGGUCGGCCGAGAAGAAAAGCGGCUAGAGGAGGAGCUCAACGCCAGGGACGUGCCGUUGGACCUGACCUCAGCCUCGCUGAGGAACGAGCUGCCGUGCCAGCAGGUGCCGCUGAACCUGGCGCACUCGCCGAAGGCGACCGGUACUAGGAGGCGCAAGGGUGUCGCCGUGAAGCUCGAGCACCGGGUAGUGGAGAAGGAGGACACGGACGAGGAGAUGACGCAGAGCGGGAAGCGGCUCUGCCAAUCGAGCUCACCCAAGGCCGGCUCAGCCUCCUUCACGACCUCAUCCACGCCCUCGCCCAAGGCCGCGUCAGCACCGUUCACCUCGUCCUCUCCGGACGAUUUCGCUGGACCGGCCCGGAAGCGCGAGGAGGCGUACGGCUGCCUUUCCAGCGGGGAUUACUACUUGUGCCCGCACUGCAACAUCAAGUACACCGACGAGGUAUACGUCGCACACAUGAACUACCACGGCCGCGUGGACCCUUUCACGUGCAAUAUCUGCCGCAAGUCGUACGGCAAUAAGUCGAAAUUCCAGUUGCACAUCUACAAGCAAUGGUGUGCGUCUCUCACAGGUAGUGGGAGCGCCCAGGGCCCGGGAGCUCCGGGCAUCCGUUAUGUGCAUGAAGGCUGUGAAAGAGAAAGGAAAUAA